AUGGAUGCUUCGCAUCGAUUCCGAGAGGCUCUUAUUAUGCAGGUGGAUUGGGUAAAUGUACUCAUACUGCAGCGACAGCGGCCGUACACAACGUGGAGACGUCGACAGGCCCAAUUCUUUGCCGUUAUGCAUAUUUGUUUUCUGCUUGUUCUCUUUGGUCACUUUGUGCAUGAAGUGAUUACUUGGGCCCUUGCCUUUCUUUUACAAACCGCCGCCUUCUGUGUAUCUCUCUUUCACUUUAUUUUUGUCAAUGAGUAUGGGGAUCGUAUGAAUAACGCGAUGGAGCUUGAACAGGAAGUCAACCCGUUGGUGAUUGGGGAAUUUACAAUUCGUUGUUUUGCCAUUCUUCAUUAUUUAUUAAUGGGGGCGUGGAUGAUGCCCAUUGCGGGGGCUCUGGAGUUAAUAUAUGAUUAUCACAUUUUCCGUAAAGGAGAUUUUCUCGUUGAUGCGACCACCGCGUGGAAGAAAUUGGAGGCUUUGAAGUUAGAUUCACGUUUGCGGGUGGGAUAUCAGACAUUAAUGUUAUUGGCAACUAUUCUGCUUUUUGUCUUUUCAUUACUACUUUCUUGA